AUGUUGCGCUUGUUCGCUAACACCCUGCGACUCGGGGCCACCCGGCCUCUGAGCACGUCAACGGUGAAGCUGAGUGACAAUUUGUUCGUGCAUCGUGAUACUCCCGAAGAUAAUCCGAGCAUUCUGUUUGAGUUUACUGCCGAUAAUCAGAAGAGAGCCGAAGCCAUUUUGAACAUCUAUCCAGAGGGACACAAACGGGGUGCUAUGAUUCCGCUGCUGGACCUUGCCCAACGGCAGCACGGUUGGCUGCCAAUCUCGGCCAUGCACAAGGUGGCCGAUAUCCUGGGUCUACCCCAUAUGCGAGUGUACGAAGUGGCCACAUUCUACACAAUGUUUAUGCGAAAACCGACCGGAAAGUAUCACAUUCAGGUGUGCACUACUACCCCGUGCUGGUUGCUAGGAUCCGACGAAGUGCUGGAAUGUUGCAAGAAAAACCUGGGAAUCGGUGUUGGAGAAACUACUAAAGAUGGUAAAUUUACUAUCUCCGAGGUGGAAUGUCUGGGUGCUUGCGUAAAUGCUCCGAUGUUGGCAGUGAACGAUGAUUAUUACGAGGAUUUAAGUGUAGCUGAUACGGAAGAAAUUUUAAAAAGUCUCAAACAGGGACAACAGCCUCGCCCGGGACCACGCAAUGGACGAUUUGCCUCUGAACCAGUGGGUCAGCUGACCUCACUUACCGAGGAACCGAAAGGUCCUGGGUUUGGACUCCAGGCAGGACUGUAG